AUGGCGUUCCGCCGCGUCCCGCCCAGCGAGGAGGAGGAGUCGUCCUUCUCGUCCACGUCCACCAUGGACUCGGACUACGAGAUCCCCGUGGCGCUGCAGAAGCUGCACGUCUGGACCAGCGAGCGCGUGUCCACCAAGGUCUCGCAGGCGCUCAGCGGCAUGAACACCAUCCGCGAGAGCGAGUCGAUGCGCUUCAGCAUGGUCACGGCCAACAAGUGGAAGAAGAUGGGCUACCACCCGUACAAGCCCGACGCCUCGGGCUACACGGCGCUGCACCGCGCCGCCAAGCGCGGCGACGAGGCCGUCGUGACCUCGCUACUGGCCAUGUACGACGGCAAGGCCAUCGACUUGGCCUCCCUCAAGUCCUACAAGCAGCAGCAGAUCGCGCUGCACAUCGCCGCCAAGUACGGCAACCUGGAGGCCGUGCGCCUGCUGGCCGCCCCGGAGUUCCGCGAGCUCGUCAACCUGCCAGAUCGCAAUGGCAACACGCCGCUGCACUUUGCCGCCACCUGCAGCGCGCCCUCCGCGUCGGAUGUGGUCGCGCUGCUGCUACUGCGAGGCGCCGACCCGACCAUCAAGAGCAAGCGCGACGUCUUCCCGAUCAUCGCGCACGUCCUCACGGCGCAGAGCGACGACCCGGAGAUCGUCAAGCUCCUCAUGAAGAACGGCAGCGACCCCAACACCGUCGACGCUGCGGGUAACACGGUGCUGCACAUUGCUGUGUCCCAGGGACUGUGGAAGGUCGCCGCGGCGCUUGUAAGAGAACAAGCCGGCAUGACGAUCCGCAAUAACCAAGGCGUGAUGGUUCUGGAUAUCCUGUCGCCGCCGCAGCUCGCAUGGCUAGCCAAGUUCAUCGUGCACCCGCCAGAGUGGGUACCCUACGAGACCCAGCGCUCCUGUAUGGUGUGCUCGCGCAAGUUCGGGCUCCUCGUGCGGCGUCACCACUGCCGACUAUGCGGUCGUAUCUGCUGCGGCCCGUGCUCCAAGUACAAGCGCCAUCUACCCUUUACGGACAUGGCCGUGAAGCCUACAAGCAAAGGGCGGCAUGAGAUGAUGAAGGUCUGCAGUACCUGCAUCACCGUCCGCGAGGUUGCGCAGAAUGAUCUGUCGUGGGCAAGCACCACGGCGGACCGGUUGGUAGCAAGCGACGCUGUUAUCGACUAUGAUGAUGAUUAUUUGCUCGUGGAGGGAGACGAGAGGGACUAA